GUACUUUCCAAUUGGUUAUUUUCCGAGUAUCCUUUGAUAUUACUGAUUUGGUGUCAAGCUUUUAUCGCUUUCGUAGAGGAGGUUAUGCUCCAGGAUGGGGCCUGGGCCGGAUUUACGGCCCGGAAAACGAGUGAGGUCUGAUGAGACGUUCUUUGACAGAGAUGAGACUAGUCAGGGCUCGUACUUGAGGAUAAGCCUAGUGUCUGACAAAACCCUUAAAUCUCGAGGCUGGCCAUGGGUGCAGAUGGGGAUCCGUGGAGUCCUGGGAAACAGUGACAAACUGGAGAAAGCAAACUUUCUGAGCGAUGGUUCCCUUCUGGUCAAAACAAAGAAUGAGACCCAAACAGACAAACUUCUGAAAACUCAACAACUUGCUGGUGAGACUUGUGAGGUAGUAAAGGACAGGAGGCUCAACUCUUCCCGAGGCACAAUCCGUGCCUAUGACCUGGAGGACCUGAGCGAGGACGAGAUUGUCGGCUGGUUGAGUGACCAUGGCGUCACUGGUGCCAAGAGAUUCACUCGUAAGGUCAAUGGUAAAGUAGUACCUACAGCGACUGUACUCCUGACUUUUGAUAAGCCGACGUGCCCCUCUAAAAUGAAACUGGAUUAUGUGACAUACCACAUUACCAGACAUGUGCCUAACCCUCUCCAGUGCUAUCAGUGUGGCCUUUUUGGCCACACAGCUGAGAGAUGCACAAAAAGCAAAGUGUGCCUGAGAUGUGGACUGGUACCCCAUGAGGGUGGCUGUGCUCCCCACUGUGUUAACUGCGGGAAGGAACACUCCUGCCAGGAUCAUGUGUGUGAUCGGUGGAUGAAGGAGAAAGAGAUCUGUCGGAUCAAGGUGGAGGAGGAGAUCUCUUUCUCUGCUGCACGAAAACUCUAUGAUGACAGGCAUGAGCCUCCCCCAAUACUUCGGUCAUAUGCCAACACAGUCCGUACCCCCAGUGCUGCCAAUGAUGAUGAGCUAAAGGAAAAAGUGACAAAGUUAGAGUCAAAGAUGAGUGAAAUGGUGGCACUGCUGGAAAGACUGCUGACGCAACGUUCAACCAGUAGUACCUGCCAGAUCAGUGGUAGUGACGGCUCUACUCUGGGUGGACGGCUAAGUGGAAAAGAUGGUGAUGGUCAGGAGUCGCAAAACACAAUGGAGACCCUCAGUAUUCACAACAGACAAAGUGACGAGGAUGACAUGGACGAUUUGACUCAGGCCCUGGACGCUUCUCUCCCUUCUGAGGUUGAGGGAAACAAAAGAAAACCCACUCAGCCCCGCAACAGUGCUUCAUCCCAUGGUUCCACAGCCCCGCAAGGGAGCAGUGGCACUGGAGACGAUGCUGGGCCAUUUAAGCCCGCUAAGAAAGACAAAAGCAACAAAGGAGGAAACAAAAACAAACAAAAACAGCUCAUGCUUUCAGAUGAGAUCUCCCCAUCACCCCCUAUACUCAGGCCUACCAAACCCAAUGAUAGGACAGGAGUGAGCAGAGACAGAUCCACAUCUCUGCCACGGAAGUCGUGGACGGAUCCGCCCAAGUCUGCACAGGGAACGUAGACAGCACACCUGUGUGUGAUCAUACCCUAACUUAAAAAAAAAACAAAAAAAAAACAAAAAACAAAACAAAAAAAAACAACAAAAAACAAAACAAAAAAGAAACUAACAAGUUCUUUAUCUCUAAGUUCAUAACCAUUUUAUAGUUCGCUACUAACAUUAACUACUGUCCUACCUGGAAAUAUUCCUCAAUACUAUAUCCUGGUUCUAUCCGGUACGCUGUUGUCUUUCCGUUCCACUACCACGCUUAGUACUCCAUUGUCUUACCUACCAACUCUGAAGACAUGAAAGUGGCAACAAGACAUCUACGGACGCUCUGAGCC